GAAAAAAAUAUGGUUGCAGAGGAAAAGAAGAGAAACAUAGGCUAUGGAUCAAUCUUCGUGUUCUGCUUCUUCUGUUUCGUAUUCGUUGCAGUUGCUGAAGUUGUAAGAUUCGUAAAUCCCAACUACGACCUCAAACAAAACUUCUUAACGAAGAGAGAGGUGAUAGUAACAGAAGCAAUAGCAGAAGCAGUCGUAGAAGGAAGCCAUUUCGUGAUGGACUCAGUCUCCCCGUGUAACUCUCGGAGGUCGGGUCUUCCUAAGAGAAAACAACAAGGGAAGCUCGAAGCAUCCAGCGGAAGAGAGCGUCCUCCAAGUACUUACUGCAUUAAGUUUGAGUCUUUUCAAACCUUGUUGAACCUGGUGAAAGAUGGAAAAUACGUGUCCCGUCCUUUCUCCGCCGGUGGAUACAACUGGACGUAUGAAAUAUACCCCAACGGCGACAAAAGAGUGGGCGCGAAGGGAUUUAUUUCUCUUUACGUAAGAAUCGAUAAUUCAACUCUUAUUACCAAUCCACAAGAUGUGUAUGCAGAGAUCAAGUUCUUCAUCUACAACAGAAAGCAAGACAAGUACAACUAUUACUAUGAGCUUGAGGCGGCAAAGUUCCAUUUGUUCAAACCGGAAUGGGGAAUACCUUCCAUCCAAGGUACAUCAUACUUCGCCAACCCUGUUAACGGUUACGUUUUUGAUGGAGACCAGUGUGUCUUUGGAGUUGACGUCUUCGUUGCUCAACCCUUCAAGAAAUGGGAAGUUUUCUCUUUUGACGAACACGUAAGCGAGCCCAUUUUCACAUGGAAGCUAACCCACUUCUCAACCCGCUUUAGUGAUUCUUACACAUCCAGCAGCUUUACUUCAGGAGGAAGAAACUGGGUAUUAAAGGUGUACCCAAAUGGAGAUGGCUAUGGAAAAGAAAAUUCACUGUCACUCUACUUGUUGAGUGAGUCCAAUGAAAAGCCUUACGUCCGAGCCAAGCUACGAGUUCUUGACCAAAUUAAAUCAAACCAUGUGGAGAAGCUUGUGGAGGGAUGGCCUAAUGCAGCAGAAAAUAGUGGAUGGGGUUUCGAAAAGUUUGUACCACUUGCAGAUCUUAAAGAUCAAUCUAGAGGUUUAGUGGUGGACGAUGCGCUUAAGGUUGAAGUCGAGAUCAUUGCCUUUUCAAAGACAGACUCCACCUUAAAUGUUUAGGAUUGUCCUAAACAACAUCAAUAAUAAUAAUAAUAAUAAUAAUAAUAAUAAUAAUAAUAAUAAUAAUAAUUUCAACGCUUUCGUUUCAGAGAAUUUGAUUGUAUCUGUUUGAUGAAU